CAAAGCUAUACGUGCGGAUUCGUAGUUUAUUGAGACUCAUGCGGUUCCGAUGGCAUCAGCUGAAAAACAUGGACAUGGAGAAGAGAAGAGGAAAGAAGUUUUUGUCUGUCAGAAUUGCAGAUUCUCAGCUCAUUAUGAUUACUUUGGAAGAAAACCACCAUUUACCAAAUCGUUUGUAUUGAUGGAGGAAGCAUUUGUUGUUAAGGAUCCUUUCAGUGCAGAUGGAGGAAUGAUUACAUUGGGGUCUAGCUGUUGUAUUUGUGGAGCCAGAGUAUGUCUGUCACAGGGUUGCAGUUUAUUUUACACUAAACGCUUUUGCCUAACUUGUGUAAAAAGAAACAUGAAAGAAUUCCCAAAGGAGAUAAUUGAGGAACUUGCAAAGAAGAGAAAGGAGUGAUUUGUAAAGCAGAUAUUGAAUAGUGUCCUGUUGGUAUAAUAUUUCUACAUCUACAUCGCACCCAAUUGUAGCUGAGACACGUACCGUAAACGGAAUAGAAUCAAUGGAAUGCGGUUUUCAUGCAAUAACAUUGACAUUCACCGUAAAACAAAUUAAAAAGUACAGAUUGCAAACUUUGACCGUGUCUGGAAUUUUAUCUCUGAUGUUUUUGUCAUGUAAGACCUUGAUUGGAUAUUAUCCGCAGAUGAUUCAAUUAUGGAGUUUUACUGGCUUUAACAUCUGAUGCAUAUUCUGAUAUCUUGCAAGAUCAAGCUGAUAUCAUAAAAAAAGACAAUGAUAAAAUUCUUUUAUCAGACCUGUUGAUGUUGGAACAUAAUUGUGUGUCUAUAGGGCUUUACAGGAAGAAAGAAGAAAAAGCUUUAUCAAACUUUAUUCCGCAUUUAUUAUAUUUUUUUCUCAGUGAAGUUCACAUUUAGUAUGUUACAUGCACCCAAAAAUAAGCAUGUAGGGCUCUGCAAACAUUAAAAGUUCUGUUUCAGAAACAUAA